GUGAGGCAGGUGUUGACGGGACGGGCAGGGUACUAGGUGACCAGUGCACUCCUCACCUUUCUAGUAAUAACGGCAAGGGGAGAUAUCUCAAGAUGUGGUCCGUUAACUUACUACUAACUACUCUCCUCAUUGGUGUGUCUAGCCAAUAUAUCCAGUUACAGUCCCCAGACACCCGGCCAAAUUCUGGCAUUUCUUCUGCUGCAAGCAAUGCACCUACGAAUCUUGGUCUCCCCCUGAGCCCUGCAACAGGGGCACUGCAAGACUUCCUAAGCAUUCGUCGUCCUGUGAUCUCCAACGUUCCAACCAGUGGCUCUAACGUCGCCUUCAUUAAAGGUGGUGACAUAGAUUCAUCAACUACAGGGCCUUCACAGGGCGUUGGUAGUAUAAAUGCCGGCAGGUACAUCGGUCAAGGUGUUGGUAGCGGUUCUGCAUUUGUUGGCGGCUUUGGCCAGGGUGUUGGAAGCGGUUCUUCGGUUAGUGCUGGCUUUGGGCAGGACGUUGGAAGCGGUUCUUCACUUGGUACAGUCUUUGGCCAGGGUGUUGGAAGCGGUUCUUCUGUUAGUACGGGCUUUGGCCAAGGCGUUGGAAGCAGUUCUUCAAUUGGUACCAACUUUAUUCAGGGCAUUGGAAGAGAUUCUUCUAUUGGCAGUGGAUUUGUACAGGGCAUUGGACACGGUUCUUCGGCUAAUGCUGGAUUGGGGCAAGGUAUUGGUAGCGGAUUCUUCGCUGGUGCAGGAUCUGGCCAGGGAGUAGUUGCGGGGCAGGCACCUAGUGCAAUUUUUGGUCAAAGCUCUGGUAGUAGAACUACAGUAUUCGGCAGUGGCACAUUAAAUCAAAUAAAUGUUCCUCGUGCUACCAGUGGCUCGGGUGUUAACGUUGUAAGGAAUGUUGGCAGCCCUGAAGUUAGAAGAGUGGACGCACUCUUCACCCCAACUGUCACCCAAGUUAUCACCAUCGACCGCUGCAUCACUGUCACCGACCAGGCCUUCAACAGCGUGGCCGUGACCCUGACUUCCUUCAGCGUGCAGACUGUCACCGUGGGAACACGCGCGGUGCUGCAGACGCCCGUCGAUGAUCGCGUCGCUCUCCAGACAUCGGUGUUUGUCCGGCCCGGGACCGUAACAUUAACGGAGGUGAAGUCUGACUUCAGGAUCGUGACUGAAACUUCCCUAACCCACGUGACCCUCGCCCACACGUCCUACGUCAUCAGCCAGUACACCUUCACCACCACGGCCACUCAAGUGUUGACGUAUACGGCUACACUUGUUCGCACAAACAUCAGUACCCAGAGCACUACCUUCACAAACUACAGGACAGUGACUGAUACGGUGUUUGUCAACGCAGGCUACCAUGCAUAAUACUUUGUUCUCGCUUUGUACUCCUCAAUAAACGCUCUUCGAA